GACAAUGGAGUCUGACGUCAAGUACCCGAUCUACAAGAAAGGAACAGUGGUGUAUUCAGCAGACUGCAACGACUUCACUUGUCACAUUUGUCCUGGAAAGCAACAAGAUUCAUUUGAAAAUCACUUGAAAGAUGAGAACCACGUCCAAAGGCUCGUGUUGUACAUUCAGUUGUUCGCCAACGUUGGGCCACGAGUCUACUGCAGAUUGUGUCCCAACCCAAUCAAGUUCAGUGAGAUAAUCGAGCAUGCAGUGGGCCAUCAGUUAAUGCCCUGGUAUGUCCCUGACAAUUGUCCAGAGAUUCUCUUCAAGAAUUUCAUCUCCCAUCGUGAUCACCAGUAUUUCUGCCACUUAUGCAACAUGAAACUGCCAUUUUGGUUCCUGGUUGGGUGCCACAAUGAAGAGAGUCAUCACCAGGCUCUCAAAAGAGAUAAGAUUGAUGAGUCACUCCUCAAAGAUUUAUCGCUGUCGAUAGCCUAUUACAAACUCACUACUAACAAUUUCAUUUUCAUGAAGGCAUCGAAGACUUUAGCCUGCAGUUUGUGUGCAUGUGCUGUGGGAGCUUCUUACGAGGGUAUUAUAACGCACAUAGAAGGAAAAUCCCACGUAAAGAAGGAGCAGGAACAUAUAGAGGCUUUGAAGUCUGCAGAGAUUUAUCGACUGCCCCCCAGAUUCACUGAAGACCCCGAAAAUCCUGAAGAUCUUUCAGAUGAAGGUGAAGGAGAGGCCAGCGAUCCUUCUAAGGACGAAGAUACUCAGCUCAUUGUAUCGAUCCGCACAGUUUGUAAUAGUUUGAUCGACAGUAAAGACAUUGAAUCACACCUGUUGAUUCACAAGAGCGAAAAGGAGACGAGAAAGAGAAAGAGAAAGAGAAAUCGUAAAAAGUCGAAGGAUGUAAACACCCCUGAUAUUCUACAAUCGAUCAAAAGGGCAAAAAAUUUUGGAACUGAUGACGUGUCUGCAAAUGAUAAUGAAUCUGACCUCAUGGACGUGGCAGAGGAAGUUGAGGAAAUGUUAGAAUGUUCGUUGACAAAGGAAGACAUAAAAUUUCCUGUCUCAACUACUCCUGUUCCAGAGCCAGAGAGAGAAAAUGAAAAAUCAGAAGAGAGUUUAUUUAUCAAAGAAGAACUAUUGGAGGCUGCAGAUGGAUUGAUGAACGGCCCACCAACAUUACACAGUGAUAUUGAUAAUCAUCAAGAUUUCCCCGAGGAAAUUUCUUAUAUUAGGGAGAAGGAAUGUUUCUGGUGUAAAGUCUGUAAAUCUGGAAUACACAAUUACAAGGAUGUCUGGUCGCAUUUGGGGGGGAAAAGGCACAAAAAGAACCAACAGGGCAAGGGGCAUGCUUUAAGAAAAGGAAUAAUUCACUUGGAGGACGACGAGUACGAAUGUUUCCUCUGCGAACGUAAAAUCACUGGAUUGAUAGCUGUUGAACAACAUGUAAAUGAAUCACUGCAUCAGGAUACAAUAAAACUCCUGUUAGUGUCAUCAGAGAGCUCUGCACUGCCUGACGAGACAAUCAACUCGAGGGAAAUUGGAAAUGGACAGAAUCAGCGAAGAGUUCUUCCAGUUGGAGUAACGCAUCAUUCGGGUAAACAAUACUACUGCUGUAUUUGCCAAGUCAAACUUACUGGGUCUGUUCAGACCAUUCAACAUCACAUGAGAGGUUUUAGGCACAUGAAAAUCGUUGAAGAAAUCUGCCAGGAAAACACGGAUGUAAUGAGUUCUAAGGGAACUAAUUCUGAGCUGAGUUUUCCAUCCUCUGCGUUAUCACCAUCGAUAUCAGCGGAAGAAUUGCCUGGUGAAGUGAGACGUGAAGAUACUCCUGAGGAAACAACUAUUCGUUCUCUUCCAAAAGGGAUAAUCCACAUCUAUGGGAACUCUUACACCUGCAUUCUCUGCUGUUGUAAUAUUUCUGGGCUUGAUUUGGUUGAGGACCACGUGGAAAAUAUCCGGCAUCAAGACAACAUUCAGCAACUCCAUGAGAAAAAGUUGGCUUCAGAGGGUAGCUCUGGCUCUUCUUCGACUUUACCAGCAUCGUCAGGGGUAGCAGGACAGUCGGAGAAUAUCCCAAACACGAAUGAGAAAAGGCUAGAGGGGCAACUAAAUCUUCCAGACUAUGUUUUUCAGUCCAAUAACAAUGGUUACGGAUGUUCUCUGUGCGAGUGCAGCAUGCCUUGUUGGAGAUCGGUGGAACAGCACGUAGUAGGUCUACGACAUCAAACCACUGUUCAGUUUUCUCAAGAUGGCCUGAGGACGGAGGCUCUGCCAGAGGGAAUACAUCACAUAAAAGGCAGUUUGUACAUGUGUUCAUUAUGUGAAUGUAGAUUCAGUCAUGCUCGGGGCAUUGGAGAACAUAUGGCAAGUCAACGACAUCGUCAAGCACAUUUUCAACUUAAGAAUCGUUCACCUUCACGCACACCGUCACCAACAUUUGAUGAACCCGAGGUGCCAAAUGGGAGGCAAAAUCUUCCAGAUGGAAUAAUCCACGUUUACGACAACUUAUACGUUUGUUCUGUUUGCAAACUGCAUCAUGUACCUGGAUGGAAUUUCGUCAAUAAACACGUGCAGGACCCUCAGCAUGAAGCCAAUCUGCUUCAAUUUCCUGAAAGAAUAUCAAAUCGUGAAACUCGGGCUUUCCCAAACGGCAUAAUACAUCUCUACGAAUAUUUGUCCGCCUGUUUACUAUGCAAAUGUGAAAUAUCUGGGGAUCCCGCUAUCACCCAACACAUAAAAGGUUCACGACAUCAAAAAACAAUCGAGUCUAUCAAUCUUGGAAAAAAUGAGAAAAAGUUGAGUCAGAGAAGAGUGGAGAUGAUUGAGGGAAUCACUAAGGUCCCAGGUACAGACUACAUAAAAUGCGAGAUUUGCAACAAUCAGAAAUUACCUUCAUUAAAUGGAGCGAUUGGCCAUUUCUAUGGGAAAAAUCAUCAAAUGAAUUUGGAGAAAAAGUUUGCGAAUUUACCCAACGGAAUCGUGAGUACAGAGAUCGACAAUUUAUUCUGGUGCAGAACUUGUGAUACUGCACUGAAAGGAUUGAUGAGUGUCAGCUCACAUUCAAAGAGCGAAGAACAUGGCCUUAAGCAUGCGAAUUCGUUCAUGGAGGUAAGAAAUGCUGAGAGUGAUUCUCAGCAAUCUGACUCAUCAAAUUACACACUAAGGAGUGGGGACAAAGUAAAUAUUGAUGAAACGUCAGGAACGAAUGAAGCGAGUGCUCUUCCAGUCGGCAUAAUCUAUGUUCAUGGUCAGAUGUACGAAUGCUCUGUUUGCAACUGCAGGAUAUCUGGAGUGAAGGUCAUUCGAGAUCAUAUAAACGGUUCUCAUCAUCAAAAUCAAGUUCUCUAUGGGCAUCCUGGAGAGACCUCAACUAGGGUGACUUCGAAUGGAGGAAAUCCAGAGAAAAGUACAUCAUUAACAUCUCCACCAUCAUCAGAAAAACGUUGUUGGAAAAACGUUGCUGGAUUUUCUAAUGAAGAGUUUAAUUCAGGAAAUGUGAGGAGCUCACGUUCAGGGGAAACUGUGCCUUCCUUAUCAUCAAAAUCCCAAAUGCUUGAGUCUAUUAACCAUCUUCCCAGAGGAAUACUCCAUAUUCUUGAAGAAACGUAUAAAUGUUCUCUAUGCAAGCACCAACUCGUCGGACUGAAGUCUGUAGAAAAGCACAUUAAAACUUUAUAUCAUCAAAGAAAAGUCCUUCCACUUCUUGCAGAACAAUCCAAUUCGCCAAGUUUCAACGUCAUGCAUACAGAGCAAAUUGUCUUCUCUUCAUCCACGUCAUCAACACCUCCAAGGGCAUCACGCUCACAGGAAGCAAUGAGUGAAGAAUUACCACAACAACCAGCUGGGGAAUUUCUUCCACCAGGCAAAGAGGUAUUCUUCACAGAAUGUGAAAUUUGUUACCAACAGAUUUUCGGUGGUCUCGAAGCCAUUACUGAGCACACCAACAGUCAAAGACACAGGGAGAGCAGAGAUGCGCUGGUCCGUUCUCCCCAAAUAGACAAUCUCCAAGCAGAAAGUACUGAGCCCGAAUUGAAUACCACCAACGACACUAAAUACUUCAUCAUCGAAAGUCAAAAAAACCCCGACGAAAGCAUAUUUUCAAUAUUGGAAAUACCCAAAGCAACUCCGAAGAGCGAAGGAAAAGUGUUUUAUUGGUGCAACAUCUGUGAAAUAAAAAUCCCCAACACUUACACUCCAGAUAAACAUUUAAAAUGUGUUCUUCACGCAGAGAAUUUGAGGGAGAAAUCUGAGGGGAGUGGAAAGGCCUUCAGUAAACCUGAGGAAAGCGAUGAAACAGAGACAUCAUUUGCAGGAAUUUUCCGUACAAUAAAUUGGAUCAUCUGUGUAAUAUGUGAUAAUCGAAAGUUUUCAAACAACAACGAGAUGCUUGAUCACGUAAGAGGAUGGACUCAUCGUUACCAAUUAUGGAAUCUCUCAGGAGACCAAUUGAAUGCACUUUCUCUGGACGAAAGUCUGCCAGAGGGAAUAGAGGCAAUUCCUGGAGUCAAGUUCUUACUCUGCACAAUAUGCAACAGCCGAGUUCGUCCCAACUACGUCGAUGCUCACGUCACCGGGAACAUCCACCUGGGCAAUGGAGAAAAAGUAAUUUCGAGGAUAUCAACCCUUGAAUUCAGAUGUGAUGUUUGCAGUUGCAUUCUCAAAGGUCAUAAAGACGUGAUGAAACAUCUAAAAGACGAAGAUCAUCUGAAAAAUAUGACACUUGAAGUAUUGAACUCACCAGUUGGAUUGAAAGACCACGAAUUGCCAGAAGGGAUUAUAAGACUAGAGGGCGAGAAUACGUUUUGGUGUAUGAUUUGCUCAAAAAGAAUCAAACGACAUUGGGCGACUGUCAUGCAUCAUGCGACGAAAGAGGGACAUAAAGACAAAUUGAAGCAGCUUGAGGAGAGAAUGGGGGUAAAGGGACCAGAGAAACCGUUGGAGUCACUCUCGUCAGGGGUAACAGUCACCAAUACUGCUGAAGAAGAGAAUUUAGCUCAACUUGAGAGCGAAGAAUAUGAGAGUGUUGAUGACGACACAGCGUUAGGAAUGCUCGAGCCAUUAGAAGAAAAAUGGAACACUCAUCCAAUGGAUCUUUUAAUCCCUCUGCACAUGGAUGAUAAUGAAUUUUCUGAGGGACAAGUAAAUUCUGUAACUUUAAAUAUCAUGAGCUUGGAGACAAGUAUUUCUCCUCCAUCAACACCAUCAGCUUCUCUUGGAGAAACAUAUGAGGGGAUUGAAGAAGGCCCCUAUGGAAUCAUCUGUACAAUAUGCAAUAAUAAAAAGAUACGUCAUCGUACAGGCGUACCAGGUCACGUUCAGGAUCAAACUCAUAUUUUCAACUCAAGUAAAGUCAAAGCUCAUCUGCCAGAAGGAAUUGAAGCCCUUCCUCAUAAGGCAUUCUUAUUAUGCACAAUAUGUAACUGCGAGAUUCAGCCUGAAGAGGUCCAAGAACACGUUUUAAGUGCUGAUCACUUGGAAAAAGGGCCGAGAAUAAUUUCUCGACUCGAAGAGCACAAGUUCAAAUGUGAAAUUUGCAAUUGCCUUCUGCAUGGUUACGAAAGAACAGUGAAGCAUUUGAGUAACGAACAUCAUCUAAAUAAUAAUGCCUCCGAAGGAGUGAAUAAUUCGGUUGGGGAAUUACCACCGGUGCAUGGAUUACUAGAAGGAAUUGGAAAAGGUGAAAAUUUUGAGGAAUUGUGUAGUUCUCCUCCAUCAACACCAUCAGCUUCUCUUGGAGAAACAUAUGAGGGGAUUGAAGAAGGUCCCUAUGGAAUCAUCUGUACAAUAUGCAAUAAUAAAAAGAUACGUCAUCGUACAGGCGUACCAGGUCACGUUCAGGGUCAAACUCAUAUUUUCAACUCAAGUAAGCUCAAAGCUCAUCUGCCAGAAGGAAUUGAAGCCCUUCCUCAUAAGGCAUUCCUAUUUUGCACAAUAUGUAACUGCAAAGUUCAGCUUCAAGAAGUCCAAGAACACGGUUUGAGUGCUGAUCACAUGGAAAAAGGGCCGAGAGUAAUUUCUCGAAUCGAGGAGCACAAGUUCAAAUGUGAAAGUUGCAAUUGCCUUCUGCAUGGCUAUAAAAACACAGUGAAACAUUUGACGAAUGAACAUCAUUUAAAUAAUAACACCUCCGAAAGAGCAAAUAAUUUACUUGAGGACAUCUUGCCACAGUUGCUUGAAUUAUUAAAAGGAAUUGUGAGAACUGAAAAUUUAGAGGAAUUUUGGUGCACUGUCUGUUCUGUGAAUGUUGUUGGCAAUCUCAUACAUGCAACUGUCCAUGCUGGCAGUGAAGAGCACCAACAGAGAAUCAAAGAAUUGAGAGAAGAGAAAGUUAACGACGAACAUAUGUCACCUGAAUCUCCGAUAAAUGACGUUCAAUCGAAAACUGAAGAGUGUUACGAUUCUGAAGAAGAAUCUGCAUCCACAUCAAUCUUCGAAGCAUCGGAAUCUUUUGAUAAGGUUCACCUAAAAAUGGAAUGUGAUUGGGCGACUCAGGUAAUGUCUGAAGAAUCAAAAGAUGAAGACUCCAAAAUUAUCAGCUCAGAACUGGUCCCCGAAGGGUCUGACGACGAUUCUGAACGGACAGAUGAGCAAUCAUUGCCGAUUGAUGAAAAUAUUGGAUUGAAAUCCAAUUCACACGAGAGUCCUGCCACUUCAGAAAAUCUACCAGAUGGCAUUGAACGAUGUUACACUAAAAAAAGAACGCAGUCUUUCUUAAUUUGUACGAUAUGUAUCUGCAGACUUUCCAAAAACAUCAGAGUAGAGCAGCACGUCGCAAGUGUCGAUCACCGAGCCAACGGUGAAAAAGUGAUUGUUCGAAUCGACAUAGACCGUUUCAACUGUGAAAUUUGUAAUUGCACUCUCCUCCGUCCAACGAAGCUAUUCCAACAUUUGAGAGGUGCAGAGCAUCGUGAAAAUAAAGCACUCAAGCAGCCAAGUACCUCUGCUGAAGCGGAAAAAUUGUAUCCAUUACCAGAGGGAAUUGUCAGACUCGAAAAUGACGACAGAUUUUGGUGUCAAUUGUGUUCAACUACUGUGCCUGGGACUUUGCUACACGUCAAUUUACAUAUCUCUAAGAAAAGUCACCAAAAGAAGGUAGAAAAAACAGUAAAAAAAGAGCUUAACAAAGAGCCACUAACGAAAAAACCGAAGGAAGUGUCAGAAUCAGCAGCAGCCCAGGUCUCUGAGAGAAGUACAACAGCUCAUCGUUUGAUAUCGACUUUUCAGCUGGACAACCAAGAGGAUCCUGUGUCCCCCCGAUCCUCUGUUGAAUCAGAAGACAACAGGAAAAUUCUCCCUCAAAGUGUCAGGAACGUUCCCUGCGAGAUCUGCAACUGCAUGAUACCUGGAGGCAACUGGAACGUCAAUGCCCACAGGAACAGCAAAGAACACCUGGAGAACGAGGCGAAAGUCAAUGCUGCAGAGGAAAGCCCUGACAAUACAGAUGAUGAAGAAAUAUUUUCACCUCCAACACCUCAAGAAUUCUCCCUCAGCGACAUUCCCCCGGACAUGAUGUUGGAGUAUCACUACGUAGGGGAUAUAAUCGACUGCAUCGAGUGCAAAGUCUGUGAAAUGAAAAUUCGAGCGACUCGACACACUCCAGCAACCUUGGAGUACCUCCAGCACUCAAUGUCUCAGGAGCACAAAGACAACGAAAUUGUGUUCAUCGACAGCUGGAAAUUAUCGAGGACAAGUUACGCGGCUAAAGCUGCAGCUCCGCAGAGUAAAACUCAGAAGGAUAUACAAUUCAUGCAGAGACCGAAAAAGAAAAUCCCGUGUCGUAUGUGUGGGGAAAACUUCGAGGAGCAGAAGAAACUCCACAGUCACAUGACGACACAUUUCUGGAAACGAUUCCUCAAGGCUUCUCCGAUGAGUUCUGGAAAAUCUACCGAAGAGCUUUCUAAACAGAACGAAGAUGAGUUAAAACCAACAGAAUUGCAGGAAGAAGAAGAAGAUCUUGAAUUCGGAGUGGAACAACUGCCAGAUUCACCGAAAGAUGACGAAAAUCUUGAGUUCGAUGUGAGAAAUCUAGGUGAUUCACCAGAGGAAACACAGAAGUCUCCUCCGCGUUUCAGGCAAAAACCCCUGGACAUUGAAUUGGACAAGGAACUAAACAUCUACGAAAUAGAUCAGCAGCGAAUUGAAGACAUGAAGCUGGGGGUUCUGCUCUCCUUCGCCAUCGACAAGGACAACAUCUACUGUCUGGUGUGUCGAAAAAGCGUUAAAAAUUCUCUGCAGAAUUUCUACGAGCAUUUGAGCUCAGUUGAUCAUCUGGAUUACCUCCAAGAGAUGAUAGAGGAUCACAAGAAGUUCAGGGAUUAUCCAGAUCAGUUCAGUGAUUUAGCUCUUGCUCACGAGUACAUGCAGGAAGUCUCAGAAGAGAAUGUCCAGUGUCACGCAUGUGGAGUUUCCGUCCCUAAUGACGCUCUCAAAUUAAGUAAUCACAUUCAGAAUUCGUCGCAUGCGGAGAGAUGGUCAUCCCUGGGAUCGAAGGCCGCGGAAAUUUUCAAAGCUCUUCACUCGAGGAUGGAGUCAAAUUUCUACAAUGCUCGUAAAUACUGGUGUGCCAUCUGCCCGGAGAGCUCGAUCGUUGAGAUUGAAUUUCGAGAGCAUCUCAAGAAGAAAAAACAUGUAAAAAAAGCUAAAUUGUUUGAAAACGAAACAUUGAUCUUUGACUAUUGCGCUGUUUGUGCGACUCUCUGGUACGGAUUUUUGAAGACCUUCGCCUACCACUCGACUUGCAAAAUGCAUAGGGACCUGGCCUCUAGCCACUAUUAUCUGUUGAAUAAACUCCCGCAGUUUGCGGAGAAGCUUCUGUACGCUGCUGAGGAUAAGAUCCAAGAGAUUCUCGCUAGAGUUGACUCUCGCAGGAUUGAUGAAAAGAAGAAGGAGGAUCAAGUGGUUAGAAAUUUGGAGAAGAUUGCCAAGCAAAAAUACCCCAGUGCAAAGGCUUAUCCCUUUGGCUCCAGAAUUUCCGGCCUGGGGGGGAGGAAUAGUGACCUUGAUAUCUUCCUCGAUUGCAGUACGAAGAAGUGUCAGGUGUACGCUGGGGAAAACUCCAGCUAUAGGCAAAUUUUGGUUCGUUUGAAGAACAUAAAAAGUUGUCUGGAAGAAGAUCUCCAGAAUUGGUACAUCAGUGGUGAUAUCCAGGACUGCAGAAUUCCCAUCAUCAAGGUGACUCACAGAUCCACUGAAAUUGAGUGCGACAUCUCUUUCACCAACGGUCUAACUGUGGAGAACACGAAAAUCAUCAGUGCUUACUGUGAAAACUGUCUGGACUGUCGUAAAUUGAUUAUCUUUGUGAAAAAUUGGAUGGGACACUGUGACCUCACUGGACUCAAUGGAGUCAACAGCUACGGGAUUGCUUGGUUGGUGAUCUAUUUUCUUCAAGUGACGUCAAUUCUACCGACGAUAGCUGAGUUGAUAGAUAGAAGUCAGGACUCGAGGAUUAUUGCGGGAUGGGAGACUGGAGUCUCCACGGAUUUUCAGCCUCGCACAACUGACAACACCUUCAGGGAACUUCUGAAGCAGUUCUUCACAUUCUACGCAGAUUUCGAUUAUCGAAAUUACGUUAUCUGCCCGUUGCUGGGGAAACCCGUUGAGAAGAAACUCUUUUUAAAGCCAAAUGAAUUACCGUCCGAUAUGAAACUUUAUCUCGAUUACCUCAAUGAGGUUGAUGAGCCUGAGCCUUUCAGGGUUGACUCUAUUAUGUGUCUGCAGGAUCCUUUUGAUCUUUCACAUAAUAUCAGUAAAGCUGUUAAGAAGUUUACGGUGGGCAAACUGAAGACAUUCUGCUCUCUCAGUGCACAAAUUCUUGAUAAUAACUCGUGAAUUGGAGAUUUUUUUUUUUUCGUUACCAUUACUUUCUCCUCAGGGAAUUAAGAGGAGAGGGAAGAAAACUGAACAUUUAUUAUUAUCAAUCUAGAAAAUGUACAAAAAUGUAUAGACAAGUUCGCCCUCGAAUAUUUAAUUUAGUUCAUAAAAGUUGAUUUUUCCGUUUUAAAGAAUGAGUUAAAUGAUAAUUUGAUUUGUUAGGUAAUAAGGAUUUAUUAGUUAGUUUUUAAUAAGGUAACUUUUAUUUGAGUAUUUUAUUACAUUCUGAAUAGUCAAAGUUCAUUGUCGAACAUAAAGGUUCGUGAUCAUUUUCAGCUCUCUUUCCUUGGAGAUUCUGGGAAACUACUAGAUAUAAAAUUUUCUAUGUACACGCAUUUGAAUACUAUGACGAAUAAAAUGCAGGUAUUUCUCCAA